AUGCCUAGCAUUACAGAUUCUUGCAAAAAAAUUCUGAAAGUCAAAUCUUCGUUAGAAGAUCUAGAAACUAAAAUAGAAUAUUUAAAAGAAGCGCAGGAAUCUGCAAAGCACGAUGAAUGGACGGAGCGGAUUGCAAGAGUUGAAAAUGCAAAGGUAGUAUUAAUGUCUAGUGUAUUCAUAAUUCAAUAUAAAUAUAUAAUUCCUUUAUUUGAACCGCUUAAGAAAAUCUUAGACACGAACAUGCAAGUUUUAUUAGAACAAAAAUUCGUGGACAAUCUAAAAUUAAGAUUAUCAAAGAUCAACCGUCACAAGAAAUUACAAAUGGUUCGCGAUGAACGGCAGCGUCGAAGAGAAACAUUACAUAAAACUAUCGAUGAAUGGCGGACUGAGUGGAUCGCGAAAGAAUUAGCACUGAAACGCGAACAAGCCAGAAGAAGAGAGGCCGAAAAACGAGUGCAAGAAGCUGAAGCAAACAGAAACAAGCAUAGAGAACUUUCAAAAUUACUCGAAAAAGUUAAAAAAUUAAGAGAUCUUCGUAGGGAACGGUUGAAAAGAGAAGGACAUUUCUUCCCCGAGGAAGAUGAUGAAUUCUUUAAUAAGGUUGCAUCAUUGAACGAUGUAAUGAAAAUUGAGGAAGCACGAUUGGAUGAGGAAAGGAAUGCUGCAGCAGAACACAAAAGAAAUGAAGCCAUGGAUGUUGGAAUGAAGGAGCGAGAAAAAGAAAGGGAUCCUGUUUACGAAUAUUGGCAUCAGGCUGAAUUUGAUAUUGAUGACCUUAUCUCAAUUAGAUGUCAAUGGGAUGCAUUUUUGGUUGCACCUAGUACUACUGGAGCGUCGUGUAUUCCGCCAUAUUUUAUAGAUCCCUCACCUCCUGCAAAUUAUGUUUGGGCGACUUGUCUUACACAUG